GGGUACUCGGGUAGAAACUGACCGCCAACCUGACAUCGUGCCGUUGAUCACUAUUGGUUGGACCUGACAGUUUAGCUGUCUUUCUAUCCACCUUAGAGUCCGUUUAUCCAAUCCAUGCUCCCUUAACUUGCUGGAAAGCGUAUUGUGGGAGACCGCUGAAAUCAAGAUUUUCAUUAAAUUGAGAAGUCUAACUGUAAUUGGGUAAAAUUCCUACUGAAAGUAGCAAGAUGGCAGCAAACCCUCCAGGACAAGGCUUUCAGAAUAAAAAUAGGGUUGCAAUCCUGGCAGAACUAGACAAGGAGAAGAGAAAGCUACUUAUGCAAAACCAGUCUUCCACAAAUCACCCUGGAGCCAGAGUUCUGCAGCCAUUCUGCCAAACCUCUGAUCUUCCCAUCAUGAGGAAUAUGGACCCAUGCAUUGCGCUUGCAAGAUCUUCGCUUAACAAGGAUUUCCGGGACCAUGCUGAGCAGCAGCACAUAGCAGCACAGCAGAAAGCAGCAUUGCAGCAUGCACAUGCACAUUCUUCAGGAUACUUCAUAACCCAAGACUCUGCAUUUGGAAACCUUAUUCUUCCUGUCCUACCUCGACUAGAGUCGGAAUGAGGGGCUGUUAUUUCUCAGAAUGAAGGAGAGGGAUAUUUUGUCCACUAUCGAAGCUGCCAUCUUUCAGAACUACUGUGAUGUGAAAAGAUAGGAGGAUAACAGUUUUAAAAACUGAGGGUUUCUUUAAUAUUUAACCUUUUGAUUUAAAGGCUGUUUCAUUUCUGGAUUCAUGUGUUUGUCUUCCAUGGUUAAGUCCAGUUUCAUCUGAAAAGAGGAGCUGUAGGUUAUUAUAGAACUCACCAUAUUCUUCUUCAGUUUCUUCUUUGAAAUGAGAGUCAGAAUAACACUAGCUGCUCGACAUAUCACUCAUACAUUUUUUUUUGUUCUGAUUUUUUUUCCCGUCUUUCCUUCAGCUGGAAGGAUAGAUGGAUGCCUCAUGCAGAAUUUGAGAUGCUUUUCUAAUCAGCAUUUACAAAGUAUCUGACAAUAAGUAUUACACUUGCCCUAAAUGAAAGCAGACAAAGCCACCUUUGUCUAUUCUAAGACAGACAUGGAUUCAGUGGUUACAUCAGUCAUUUCAUUCACUGUGUGCGGGAACAUUAUUCAUUCACUCUAAUGGUUUUUGUGUUUAAUCUUUUUAACCGUUUCCUGGUUUCCCAGGUAGUUGGUAUUUUUGUGCGCCAUUUUCUCAAUCCUGUUUUAUAAUACAUAAAAUCUAAUCUUAAAUAAAAAUUAUCUUCCUCUUUUCUAGU